CGCAUGUUGUGUAUCCAGGCUUGUUUGUAGUGAAACGAGAUCCAGCCUCGAGAUCCGAUAGCAGUAGGUGGGUCUCUCACAGCGCGGUAUUGUACGGAGGGUUUCAUUACCACAGCCGCAGGGAGCAGCGGCCAAGAUUGGACGUCAAUUCACUCGGAUUAUUAAACCCCCGGCAACGAUUUAAAUAUUGAGGGGCCGUUCUCGUUUUGUUUGGAGGAGGUUCCUGCACCCUGCGGGGAUGUUUAACUGGAGUAGUAGGGUUUCUAUUACGCUGGCAUCGCCGUGCGCCUCAGUAGGAGCAGUUAACUGUAACUUUGGGCUGGAGGUGAUUCGCUUUUCGCGGAGCUCCGAGUGAGAGAGACCAGUGCCGGCUCGUGUAGCCUAACCUAAAGCCCGCUACUCAGCCUGAGACAGUUGGACAGCAUCUCGGCGCAAAACGGACCUACAAUUUCGAACGCAACCGGUUUAUUUUAGCGCUUGACAACAUCUGUAAUAUUUUUGGUAUUGCCAAACAUUAGGACAUUUAAUUACGAGUAUAUCUUUAGUCUAUUUUGGGAAUUGAUUUCCUAAUACUUUUAUUUGUCAUUUUUAUUAUACGCAUCUGUUUUACUUUAAUAUCUUAUCAACUUUGUUUUUCACUAAAACUUUUUGGGAAACAUUUUCUUACCCCAGCACUUGUUUUGGGAAAACAAGAGCGCUCCUGGACGCGACAUGAGGACUGUCGCCUGGCUGUCUGCUCGGCAUUGUCAUUGUAAUUUUCAUGUGUCAUGUCGAUUGUCGGAUGCCCGAGGACACGCGAUGUCGUUUUGCAUUUUGACAAACUGAAGGUUAUGGGCUGGAACAAAACGAACUGAGGAACGCUAUAGUAGCCUGAAUGGGAGUCCCAUAUAUUCUAGGGUUUUCAUUCGCACACCAACCCAUGGGGAUUUAAAUAUAUAUAUUCUAGCAUACCAUUUUAUUUUUUACGUUUUCCUUUCUUUCUUUUUUACUGGACCAAUUUUAGGAUGGUGUUAUAUUGCUGCUCGAGCGCCUUGGAACUUUAUAUUAAGUUCACCUGCAGCUUUUUAUUCGUGUUUUUACUGUUCCAAAUCCCACAGUCCUCCUCGCCUUUAAUUACAGGUACAGAAGCCAGCUGCGAGAACGAAGGAGAGGUGCUCCACAUACCCAACAUAACGGACAACCCGUGCAUCACCUGCGUCUGUCUGGAUGGGAAGGCAGACUGUAAGCAGGAGAAGUGUCCCCUGGUGUCUGAGGACUGUGCUCUGGUGGUCAAACAGACGGGAGCCUGCUGUGAGAGAUGCAAAGGUUGUCAGCUGGAUGGAGAUCCUAUAAUAGUUCUGUCUCCUGGACCAGCUCCACCAAGCCCUGCAUCUCUCGCCGCUGACUGUAUCUUCGAGGGCCGUCCUGUACAAAGAGAGAAGAGUUUCCCCCGGGAAAACCCUGUAUUAAAGCUGCACCUGCACUCCGUAGUAAGGGCCACACUGCUACAGGGCCAACAGGGGAACUGUGAACAACUGUCUGGCAUCUAG